AUGGAAAUUGUAUACCUCGGCAGUCGAUUGCGUAGUGACAACUUCAGAGACUAUCCAAUUGAGCUCCUGUUCCACCUCGAACAAUGCCUCCGGUUACCGGUGAGAGAAGCCCUCAAUUUGCAGGAUGUGCCCGACUUUUUCGAGAUCAUGAAAGAUAAUGCUAAGAAAAACCUUGGAGAUCCUUUUCCGUUUGACCGCACGCAGCCUAUUGGUAAUUAUGAGGACACCGCAUUGGCAUACCGCAAAAGCAUCUGUGACCUUGAAGUGCCGACGUGCCUCUUCGAGCCCACAUGUUCUGGUGGUGUGGUCGACAUGAUAAGGAAGGGUGACGUUCAAGGACUCGAAAAACGGCUUCAAGAGGGCCUGCUUCCCAAUGGACUCAGUAUAGCGGGGUUCUCAUUGCUCUCUCUAGCGGUGGUACAUAUGCAAGUUAAGUGCGUUGAGCUACUGCUGAGGUAUGCUGCAUCCCCCAGUCUGAAUGGUUACUGGUUCGCUGCAAGGCCACUUGACUAUAUCAUGCCCGCUCCUUUGAGUUACAGCUGUCGCGACCAUAAAGCCAUUAUUCAAAUGCUGGUCAACGCCGGAAGCUCCUUUAGCUAUACCAAUGUUCUCGACAGUAUAUUUCUGUAUGAUGACAUCGAUCUCCUGCAGAGGGUUCUGGAUGAGCCCCCUGGUCUCUUAGCUAAUUGGCCACGUAGUGGCUUUGAGUUCAUAUUACAUCGUCUGGCAAGGCAUGGUAAGGGUUGUGAUGAAAUCAUAGACUUGAUUGCCUCCAGAGCACCUGAGGCGGCUCGUCAGGUAACUGCUAUGGGCUGUACCCCUCUACACUAUGCAGUUAGAAACAAGAAUGAUGUUAACAUGGUUAAGAAGUUGCUUCGCUUGCCCAUUUACCUUUCGGCGCUGGAUUACAACCAAAUUUCAGCCCUCGCUUUGGCUGUCGGCGAGAACCACGUGGAAGCCGUCAAAGCUAUGAUCGGCCACCCAGAUAUUAACUUGCUGCAGCUUCAUGAAGUAUGGGAUUUCAAUAUGACCCCAUUGGGUCAAGCUAUGGGGCAGCGCAAUCACACGCUUAUGAUCAUGCUGCUUACUCAUCCACGUAUGUGUCUCACAAAAAGUGCCCGAGAUGCGGCGCUUGUUAAGGCAAGGGAGCUGGGGCUUGAUGAUGAUUUGAUGGAGCAAAUCGGUAGACUGUAA